AUGGGCACAGGUAAAGAACUCGCACCAUCAACGCUCUCGCGUAUCUGCAGCCUUCGAACGUCAGCAAAAUGGUCAUAUAGUCGCAUUCGAGAUGAAUAUCCCUCUAUCCCGCGUUCUACGAUCGUCGAUACGUGCCGAAAGGAGGUUAUUCGUGGCCAAGAGAAUACUUCACGCAAACGUGUCGGUCGGCCGCAAAUCCUAAGCGAAUUCGAUCGAGACCUAAUAUACGACGCCAUUCAAGAGAAACCUAGUAUUAAAUAUGAUAGUUUACUUGAUCUUGUGAAUCACAAAAUCGGUCGAGAAACACUCCGAAAGCUUUUAAGGGAAUUCGGUAUACGCAAAUGGCGCGAAAACGCUGAGUGGACAUUCACACGGCCAAAAGAUCAAGCUCGCGAGGGCGAAGUGAAGCCUAUACCGCUUGGUAAACAGCUUCGACAGAUGUUUUGGGCGUCGUUUUCAGGUGAUCUACGGCGAAUCGCUCUUAUUCCUCUAUUUGGCCAUCCAGAGUCGCCGCGAGGUGGCGUUAAUAGUAUACGCAUCCUUGAAACAUAUCAGCAAUGGCUUCCGACCUUAAUAUAUAAUCGAUCUGAGGCGAUUUUAUGCACGAUGGCUCUCGGACGUAUACUGCGCGUCGAGUACUUGACUGGCUACCAGAUAAAGAGUACUUUAUUAUGGAUUGGCCAGCCUAUUCGCCAGACUUAA